AUGUACCAGCAUUUCCUUUUCCUUUUCUUCCUCUCCCUUCAUCCCCAUAAAUGCCAAGAUCAGAUCCUGGGUGAAGAUCCAUAUGAGAUUCCUAAAGACUACCAGGAAGUCUACAGAGGGACAAAAAAUGAUGUCAAAGAGAUCCCAAAGACUGCAAAGCCCUUCAUUUCUGAGAUGAUCUUUGUGCAAACCAGCAUCACUGCUAUAAGGAAAGGUGCCUUUGGGUACAUGCCCAACCUGAUCAAGAUUUUGUUUAUUGGCAACAAGAUCAAGACAAUUGAACCUGGAGCCUUUGAUAAUUUGGACAAACUGAGAGACUUGGACAUCUCUGGUGCCUCGUUAGAAGAACUAGCUGUGGGCACUUUCCAAAACCUCCCAAGUUUGCAGAGGCUGGAGCUGAGAGACAACCACCUUAGAUACAUCCCCAAAGGCCUGUUUCAUGGGCUAGAAAAUUUGGAAGAGCUCUCCCUGCACAUCAAUGCAAUUUCUUCUCUUCCAGAAGGAAUUUUUGAUUCUCUCCUCAAUCUAACAUUUUUGGACCUGUCUAGAAACAGGAUCACGACUCUUCCUGUGGAUACCUUUAGCAAACUCCCCCAGCUGCAAGUCCUCCGGCUGUAUGAGAAUGAGUUGCAGGACCUCCCAGAGGGGCUGCUAGACAGUCAGCCAGGGCUGCUGGAGCUCAGCCUCCAGAGGAACAGGCUCAGGGUGCUGCCACCCAUGCUCCUGAGGAGCCUGCCUCACCUGGAGAAACUCCUUUUAGACAACAACCUCAUUGGGGUUCUCCCACAUCAGGGUUUUUUUGGUUUAAACAAAUUGAAGCUGCUGACUCUGGGUUCAAACCAAAUUACAGAGCUCCCCUGCUGCCUAUUUGACACCAUGCCGCACCUACGGGAGCUGGACCUGGGCAAGAACAAUUUGUCCACACUUCCAGAUGGCAUCUUUGUCAACCUCACGUCUCUUGGCAAACUCAUCCUGUCCCACAACAAGCUAGCAGCCCUGCCAAGAGGAGCCUUCACUGGGCUCAGCAAGCUCUUGGACCUCCAGCUGGACACAAAUCAGCUCUCUGCCCUGGAUGAUGAGGUCUUUGCUUCUCUCUCAAAUCUGAAAACCCUCAACCUUCGGAAGAACCAGCUGGAGAGUGUCCCGAGGGCUCCUGGACCCCCUGAAGAAGAUAGCUCAGUGUAUCUGAGUGGGAACCCAUGGAGAUGUGACUGCAACCUCUGCUACCUGCACAGCUGGAUCCUGGACAACAGUGAGAAGGCCAAAUUGUCCACCCAAGUGUCAUGCAAGAGUCCACCCCACCUGGCAGGCUUCUUUUACCCCAUCCCUGUCAUCCACCUCCACAUCAUCACAAGGGAUGUCAGCCUUGCUGUCACCUGGAGCGUUGCCCACUGCAGCGCCAACCACACUGUCAUUAGUCAUGGCACCGCCAGCCACACUGUUGCCUGUGGCCACCUCUGCCGUGUUGCCAACCAGGCCAACAGAUACGCUCUUCACCGCUCCAUCAACAACCAUGCCAUCUAA